GAAGCUCCGCUCUCCCUCGCCGCUGACUGGCCGAGCGGUAGCAUCUCGCGCUCUCAUUGGCUUGUGCCGUCUUCCGGGGGGGCGGAGCCGCGAAGCCGCUUCGGGGCCGGGCAGGGCCGGCGCUGGCGGUGUCAUGGCGGCGCCGCUGCGAGACCGGUUGAGUUUCCUGAGCCGGCUCCCGGUGCUGCUCAGGGCAACGGCCGACGACGACAUCCCCUGCCCCGGGUACCUGCUGGAGGAGAUCGCCAAGAUCUCCCACGAGUCGCCGGGCAGUGGGCAGUGCCUGCUGGAGUAUCUCCUCAACCGGCUGCAGAGCAGCUCCUGCCACGUCAAGCUGAAGGUGCUGAAGAUCCUGCUGCAUGCCUCUGCCCAGGGCUCCCCGCAGUUCGUGCUGCAGCUGAAGAGGAACGCCUGCUUCAUCCGGGAGGCAGCAGCGUUCUCUGGGCCCCCAGACCCUCUCCACGGCAACAGCUUGAACCAGAAGGUCCGGGCAGCUGCGCAGGACUUGGCCAGCGUUCUCUUUUCGGAUGCGCCGCUCCCCCAGCCUUCUGCGCUGCCUGCCCGUCCCCUGCCUCCCACGGGUAUGGGCUCCAGCCCUGGGCCCUGUGGCUCCUUGCAAGGAUUUGGCUUCAGCGGUGAGAAAAGCGGCUCCGCUUCGACGGGAGAAGCCCUGCUCAGCACCAUCCAGCGAGCGGCCGAAGCGGUGGCCCACGCUGUGCUCCCCUCCCCAGAGGGACCCCGGCCCCACCGCAGGGAGCUCCAGGAGGACACCUACCAGCCCGUGAGAGCCCCCUCUCCCACCAGGAGUGUGGCUGGAGCUGUGAAGCCACCAGCAGCCACCACAACGCACGGCACCCGAGUGAGACACCAGCCGGGGCUGGCCGGGGGAGGCUGGGAGGAGGCGGACAGCGGGCACAGCUCCCAGGACUCCUCGCAGGGCAACGGCGAGUUGAGUCGCGCCUCGGAUUCCUGCAGCAAAUCGGGCAGCGACAGCCACUCCGGGGCCAGCAGGGAGCUGACCCACGUGGCCGAGAGGGUGGACGCUGACAGCCUGGGCGACUGCGUGCGAGAGGUGAGCCUGGUGUCGGCGCUGACCCGCGGCGCCAGGGUCUUCCUCACCAGGGAGGAAGCACAGCAGUUUGUCAAGGAGUGUGGGCUGCUGAACUGCGAGGUGGUGCUGGAGCUGCUCAGCCGGGCUCUGGAGGACCCUAGUGACAGCGUCCGCAUGAGGUCCAUGUGUGCCAUCUCCUCCCUCAUGUGCUCCGACCUGCUCUCCCUGGAUCAGAUCUUCGCCGGGACUCGGCAGCACCUGCAGCAGCUCAGCCAAGGCAGCCCCGGCCCCGUGGCCAACCGAGCAACCAAGAUCCUGCGGCAGUUCGAGGCUCUCUGUAGGGGCCAGCCCUCCCCGAAGAGCACCCACCCGCCCUCGGACCCCUCUGCCCUCCCCGCGGGCUCAGCCCCGUGCACCGGGGACCUGCUGACGGACAUCCCCCCCCUGGCAGGCGAGAGCAUCCUCACCCCCCUCAGCGCCGCCCCGCUCCCCGUGCCCACGCGAGCCCGGGGCGAGGAGCAAGGGGUGGAAGCGGAGACCCACGGGCAGCCCGGGGCCGCGGUGCCCGCCGAGGGGGAGGCAGCCAGCAGGCUGGCGGGGGAGACGGUGCCCUCCUGCAGCCUGUCCCUCUUCGCUGGCAUGGAGCUGGUGGCACGUCCCGGAGCCAUGCUCUGCCCGGACUCUUCGCCAACGCAACCGCGGACGCUGUCCCAGCCCCAGGACGGGCAGAGGGACGCAGAGGGCAGCCGGCAGCCAUCGGCCUUCGCCUUCCUCAACGUGUAGCUGCUGUUUGGGCUCCCGGGGAAGGGGGGCUGCAGGGACUUUGCCCUCCCUCCCUGCGGGGCCUCUUGUGCCAUCGCCCCAUGGGGGCUACUCCGCCGCCCUGCACCAGGCUCGGUGGGGAUGGGGACCCCCCAGCUGCCCCUGCAGCACCCCAGGGAAAAGCAGGGAAGGGGCUGUGAGGGGGACGCGGGGUGUGAAAUGGCCGCGGGGGCCAGGCCUUUAAUAAGAUGAUAAUGUCCCUUUCACUGUCUUUUUUUGCUGGGCUGUCAGGGGGGACACCGGGCAGCCAGUGCCCACUGGGGCUGAGCUGGGGGGUGCUUUGGGGACCCCAGGCACGGCCGUGGGGUGCUCCUGGGUGACCCGCUGUCCCCGGCGUCCCCCCCGGCUUGGUGGCUGUGGGGCUGGGGUGGGAGAAGGCGCUGUCCCCACUGGGGCCGGGACCCACCAAUAAACCCCACGCUCGGGGCUGGG